AUGUGUACUAGUUUCAAUUGGCAAGAUGAUGAUAAGCGAAUCUAUAUGUCACUUCAGCAUCUUUCACAUGAAACAUGUGUAACACUUUCUCAGUCGUCUUAUUGGAAAAAAUUAAUAAAAGGUACAAGAAUUUCAAUAUCAGUAAUUGGAAAUUAUGUUCCCAUGGAAUUUGAAGAGAUAACCGAAGAUGAUCAACCUUCGAGACUUGCACUUAUUAUUGAAAGCAAACAUGAACGAGACAAACAAAGAUUAAAAGGUUUGCUUUUUUUUUUUAAUAU